AUGAAGACAAAACAGGUAGUACAUAUGGGUCAUCAUGCAACUGUAAUGGAUAAUCCUGUGGCAGUUAUCACAUCUGAUACAGUAGUAGAACCUAUGGAUCACCCUAAGGAUGUUGUCACAUCUGAUACAGAGCAACAACAACACAUGUGGGCAAAGUGGAAUCCGGAAGUUUUAAAAAAUAAUAAAAGUGCGGAGUUAAUGACCCCUCUUGCUACUAAAAAAAAUAUUAAGACCACUUUAGGGGACAGUGUGAAAAAAUAUUCAUUGAAAAAGCUAUAUUUGAUAAGAAAAAUACAAUAUUUUGAAAAUGAAGAUUAAAGUGCUCAAGAGAAACACAAUGCUGAUGAAUUGAGAACUCAAGAAAACCAUGAGUUGGGACGAGCCCAUUACAAAUUAAUGUGUGAUAAGGGAGAGCAUGGCCCUUGCUCGGGGUCUCGCGCUUUUAUGAGAGCCUCGAAACUUGUGUAUAAGUAAAAUAUAA